CAAAAAGAACCCCAUUUUUGGUUUUCUUGAAACCCAGUCAGAUAAUUUGAAUCAAAAUGGACGACAGUGAUGAUUGUAGCAGUGAAAUGUCUGGGAAACAGUCACCUCCUUUACCAACUUAUGCAUUUGGUUUGUACGGAGAGCCAGAAAACUUUUCACAGGUUGGUGAUGAGUACCAGAUCAAAAUUCCGCCUUUGAUUACAAGUUCCGAGUACCGUGAUUAUGUCAAGAACCCAUUUGAGGAAGGAAUAAGGGAGGCAGGAGUAGCAAGUGACUUUUUGAUAGGAUUAGAUAUACCUAUAGCUUGGAUCACUCAAGAACAUGCCAAAGAUAAUGUGGAUUCAAUGCCAAGAAACGAUACUGUUCCUGCUCCAGGGAACAUUUCGGAAGCAUGGAGUGAGAUAGAGAGAUGUAGCUUUGUGCUAGGGUUGUUUAUCUUUGGGAAGAACUUUGCAAGUUUGAAGAGAUUUAUGGAGAGUAAAAAUAGGGGAGAUAUCAUGGCAUACUAUUAUGGUAUUUUCUACCGGGGAGAUGAAUAUAAAAGAUGGUCAGAAUGUAGAAAAAGUAGAGGCAAAAAGUGUAUAUUGGGAGAACGGAUAUUUAGUGGAUUAAGACUUCGGGAAUUUCUUGCUCGUGUGUUCCCUCACGUGUCUCAAGAGUGCCAGAACUCCCUCUUGGAGGUUUGUCGGAGAUUUGGAAGCAAGGGAAUAACAUUUGAAAAGUAUGUGAUCUUCUUAAAAACUUUAGUUGGCACUAAAAUGUUCAUUGAUGCAGUUGCAAUUGGAAAAGGUAAGCAAGAUUUAACAGGCACUGCAAUAGAACCCACCAAUGAAAACCAAGCAAUCCACAUCCGUCCAGAAAUACCAAUUGGGAAAGCUUGUUCAUCCCUCACUUCAAGAGAAAUCAUUCAGUUUCUCACGGGUGAUUAUCGGCUAAGUAAAGGUCGAUCCAAUGAUUUAUUCUGGGAAGCCGUGUGGCCUCGUUUGCUUGCAAGAGGGUGGCACUCAGAACAACCAAAUGGAUACAAUUAUGCUGUAAAUGGGAAUCACUCUUUGGUGUUCUUGAUGCCCGGAGUGAAAAAGUUUUCGAGAAAACUAGUCAAAGGGGAUGCUUAUUUUGAUUCUGUAACGGAUGUUUUAAGUAAGGUUGCUUCUGACCCACAACUAAUUGAACUCGAUGAUGAAGAAAAUGGUGAAAAUGAUAUUAAAUUGGAAGGAGAAGAAAAUGGGAUUCCUGGAAAACGGAAUAGCCAUUAUUAUCUUCAACCUCGAGCUCCAAAUCCAAAUCUUGGUAAGGUUGUAGUGAAGUUUACAGUGGUUGAUACAAGUUUAAGGGGUGGAAAGAUAAUUAGGGUUCGAGAAUUGGAAUCCAUAAAGUCGACUUCAAGAAGUCAUUCGGAUGAAAUUCACAGUGAGUUGGCUUCUGAUGAUGAAUCAGAUAGUGCAAACACAUAUCUUGUGGAUCACGAAAAGCCCUUUAAGAAACAGAAAACAUCUGAUGAAAGAAAGAUAAUUGAAAAGAAACAUCAAAGGACAUGCAACGGUUCAGAUUCAGUAUCACUUGAGGGUCCAACAAUGAAAUCUGUGAAAGCCAAUUUGAGUAGGAACAUGAAACAAGAAGAUUCAUGGCCUCAGGCAAAAAGGCUUAGAAGAUUAAGCGCAUGCAAUCGGGUCGACUCAAAGGCAGGUUCAAGCCUGGAACGAGAUAUGGGUUCAUCGUCGCAUAUGGGUUCAUCAUCUCAAGCUAAUAUUCAAAAUCACAAGUUGUCAUCCAAUUUGAGUUUUACAUCAAGAUGCAGCUCAAUCGACACUGUUGAAGAACAACAGAUGAAUUUGAUCGAUUUGAAUUAUCCCCAAGUUGCCCCAGAAUUUGAAAACGAUGAAUUUGUGAUGGAAACUAAAGAAGAAAGAAACGGCCCGGGCUCACAAAAGCAAACUGAAAGUACCGCUGAUCCAAAAGAACAAGAAACUGGUGGUUCCAGGAGGCAGAGCACUAGAAAUAGGCCACCAACUGCUAAAGCAUUGGAAGCUUUAGCUAAUGGGUUCCUGACUAUUAGUAGCAGGAAGAAGGCUAAAGAAGAUAAUCCGAGAGAUUCUGUAUCUAAAUCAAGAAAAUCCCAAAGAGCCCGUGGUGAGGUCAGGAUCUUUAGUGACUAUAGUACAGGCGAUGCUUCUUCCGUUGUGAAAGGAGACGAUGGAAAUGGUGACAUUUGAGAUAAUAGUACAGAUCUUGAAAUUUGUAUAUGCUGCAGAGUUGGGUAACUUCUUCAAGAACCAUUUUUGAUGAUCGAAGAGAAAAUGGUUGAGUCGUGACCCUAUUUCAGGUUGGACUUAGAUUUUAUUAUACUGCUUGACUUGCUCAAUCUUUGACCUUUUAAGAUUUGAAUGAGAAAUAGAUAUAUAUGUAGGGGAUAUUUUCUUUUCUUGUUCAUAUGAAUGUUUUACAACUAUUUGGAUGCAUGAUUGAGAUGGUUAUAAUAUUCUUAUGAGGAGAAAAUUUGACAUUCAA